UCUGAAGCAGCCGUUGGAAAGCCUAAGAUUGUUGAUUUUGCUGCGAUUGCAUUAACAGCUUGUGAGGAAGAACUUCAGCAGGAGUUGCUUAAAACAACAUCGUAUAUAACAGGGAUGGAAGUUACACGGUCAAGUAGACUCGAGAGCUUAUAUAGCAUCCACUGUAAGAUGAAAACCAAAAAAGGUAGUCAUUAGACGAGUCUACGAUUCUCGUGCAUUGAAGGCAUCCGUCAAGCACCUCCCAACAACCUGGCACAGCAGAGGUAGCUAAGAAGUAGACAAACCUGGCACAGCAGAGGUAGCUAAGAAGUAGACAAACCUGGCACAGCACAGGUUUGGUUAACAGUAGAUUUAAGUUCAGAGCUAACAGUUACCUACUAUGAUAAUACCAUACUGCUGUUAACAUAUAUAAACAGGCAGAAGCAGGACCGAAAUACGUACUGAAAAGUAGAAAUGAAGAUCCAUCUUCUUACCUUGUCAAUGGGAAUGCUUGUGCUGGCCCUCGCGCCUGCGGCCAGUAGCAUCGACUUCACCAGCGCCGAGCUGUCGUCGGAGGAGUCCACACGGCAGCUCUACGAGCGCUGGUGCAAGAAGUACCCGGAUGGUCGGGGCUGCAAGGACGACGACAAGUCCGGGAGGCUGGACAUCUUCAGGUCGCGAGCGCAGGAGAUCAACAUCAUGAACACGGGUGUCAUCCACAACCGCCGGCGCCUGAACGAGUUCUCGGACAUAACCGAUGACGAGUUCAAGGAGACCUUCGGAUCCUGCUUCCUCAAAAGCAGAGAGGAGCUGCUAGAGCACGACGUCAUCACCGGCGACCAGUUCACCUUCGCCAACGACGACAUCCCCGACUACGUCGACUGGGCUUCUCGGGGCGCCGUGACACAAGUCAUGAACCAAGGUUCAUGCGGGGCCUGCUGGGCCUUCGCGGCGGCAGGGGCAGUGGAGGGUAUACACAUGAUAGAAAAUGGCAUCCUGAUGCAGUUAAGUGUGCAGGAACUUCUGGACUGCAGUAUCAGCAGGGGAUGCGAUGGGGGCAAUGCUGUGAAGGCAUUCAACCAUGUGAUUGAUGCCGACGGCAUCGCAAAGUGGGAGGACAACCCGUACGUGGCCACGAGGUUGAACUGCCACAAGGCCCAGAAGGUGGUCACCAUCGGCGGGUACAAGUUUGUCCCGCGAUUCAAUGAGACGGCACUUGAGCAGGCUGUGGCAUCACAGCCUGUAGUGGUGUCUGUUGAUACCACGGGGUGGGCUAAGCACUAUCGGGCAGGCAGAGUGUUUAGCGGGCCUUGUGGACAGAGGCCUGGACACCAAGCGCUCCUGGUAGGGUAUGGGACGGCGCAGGAGCAAGAUAUAGAUGGAAGCAACUAUACCAUAGAUUACUGGAAGAUCAAGAAUUCGUGGGGCAUCCACCGGGGGGAGAAGGGUUACUAUAGAUUGGAGCGUGGCUAUGAAGAAACCGGUGGGUUAUGCGGCAUCCUCCGCUUUGCGAUGUAUCCUGUAGAACCAAUUGAAUUGAUUGACUAAGUUGCAUUCAUGUAAUACGUAGCAGAGUGUUACAAUUUAUGACAUUGAGCUAGCCUCUUGAGUUUGAUUACUAGUUAUUUCUUCCAAUUUAUGACAUUUAUGUAAUAGCAUCC